AUGACCGUGAAACUCAUCUUUUUGUUGGCCACGACGAUCCUUUUAGUUGCAUCCUUCCCAUUGGAUUCGGAUUUGUUAAAUUACAGUGCAACACAAAAUGACAAUGGUUACGACUUCAGUUUCGCAACAGGUGAACAAUCCCGAGAUGAGCAUGGAGUUUUAAUUCGUCGCCCAGGAAGUGCCAAGAAUGCCGAAGAACCGGAAGUUGAAUUGGAAGUGCAUGGAUCCUAUUCCUAUAUAGGCGAUGAUCAAAAUAUGUACACUGUGACCUAUGUAGCUGGGGUUAAUGGUUACAGGGCUAAUGUUACCAUAACAGAGGCACAUGAACUAGAAGUGCCAAUUAUUGAUCCCAAUGCACUCAAAUCUUUGAUUAUCAUUUUAUUGGCAAUGACGGCUCUUUUGGCUGCAGCCCUCCCACUGGAUACAUCCCCGGAUUUACUGAGCUAUAGCGCAACACAAAAUGAUAAUGGUUACGACUUCAGCUUCUCCACAGAUGAUCAAACUCGCGAGGAACACGGAGUGCUAAUCCCGCGUAAAAUAAUCUCCAAGGAUGCUGAAGAACCCAAAGCUGAUCUAGAGGUGCAUGGCUCGUAUUCAUAUGUGGGUGAUGAUUUUCAAGUGUACACCGUGACCUACGUGGCUGGGGUCAAUGGAUACAGGGCUAAUAUCACAAUUACACCUGCACAACCGGAAGUAGCCUAUAUUGAUCCCAAUGCACUCAAAUCAUUGAUCCUUUGCCUUACCAUUGCUAUGGCUUUCUUAGCAAUGGCGCUUCCUCUGGAAAAUCAUUCGGACUUGAUAAGUUACAAAUCAUCAAGGACUGAGGAUGGAUACGACUUCAGUUAUUCUACUGAUGAUCAAUUUCGGGAUGAACACGGAGUUGUCCUUCUGCAGAAGAGCGGUGAUCAAGAAGUUCAAGUAUUAGAUGUUAGAGGAUUCUACACUUUUUAUGGGGAUGAUAAUCAACUUUACAGAGUUGACUAUGUGGCUGGAAUCAAUGGAUAUAGAGCCAAUGUUUCUACAAUAAGUAAACCUCCUCCGGUAGGAGCACCUAUACCUUCUCUAGCUAUUGAUCCAAAUGCCCUCAAAUCUCUUGUUGGAUAA